AUGCGCUGGCGGAAUGAUGGAAACUUCCCAUGGGCAUACCGCGGAGAUAGUCAUCAAGGGUCUCCCGAGCGUCUGCCAGUGCGACUCCUGCCACGACCUAUCAAGCUCAAUGUGUUUGAAGAUGCUGCAUCACCACUGCAGCUUUCGAUCUUACUACAACCAACGGCAAAUACUUGCUAUCUAGGUGGCGAACCCCGCUUCGGUUUCAAACUUCAAGUCGUGUCGCAUGAUGAGAAGACCAUCACAGUGUGCCUGCACAAGACGCCACUCAGAGAGCUUCACGGAUUGGGGGAAAUCGCACACGUCGUUGAUGAGGACGGCGAAGAGGUAGAUUGGCCGUACGGUAUAGGUUGUUUCGAGGGCAGUGAUCCUUUCCCUUCAGACGAUAUGUUCGAGGAGCUUAAACCCAACGUGCCAUAUGAGAAGACAUUUUGGCUUGAAAAGCUGGAUAGAGAGACUUCAAAUGGAGGGGAGCUAGAGGAGCUAGAAAGCGGCCAAUCAUAUACUGGGAAAGUCAGCAAGACACUGCUCGGGGCUUUUUCGAAGUGGAGGCGAGGAACAAAGAACGAGCUGUUGGCGGGCGAGGAGAAAGACAAGGAAGCAAGGUGGAGAGGGGGCAGUGAGCAGAUGCUUCUUGACAUCUCCGAUCCGUUCAAGUUCAAAUCGAUCUAG